AUGGAAGGAGGUAGGGAAGGUGGAGCUUAUCGACCACCACAAGGUCGUUCCGACCGUGAUUACCGUCGCCGCGAUGAUGGAGGUGAAGGUAAAAAGGAGGGUGCUUCAGGUGACUUUAGACCCGAAUUUAGAGGAGGUUAUGGUCGUGAUUAA